AUGCCUUCGGCCUGGCAAAUAGCUCCAUCAGAGCCCAAAGAUUGGCGAACCACCGCCGGCAUUGAGAAUCUGCGUCUGGUCCAUGAUCUUCCCAAGCCGCGACCAGAGCCAGGCACAGCUCUAGUGCGGAUCAAGGCCGCGGCGCUCAAUGCACGAGAUAUGAUGGUGAUUUCACAUGAUCCCAUCUACCCCAUCAAAACAGAACCGUAUCUGACUCCUUGUGCCGACGGUGCCGGAGUCGUCGAGGAAGUUGGGCCGGGAAGCACCUGGAAACCUGGAGAUCGCGUCCUGCUCACUGCCAUGCGCUGGAUCGAUGGCCAUGUUCCUACGUUGGUCGAGUCUCAGGGCCUCGGGGCAGGGGCAAUUCAAGGCACACUGCGAGAGUACGCGGUUGUGGACGAUAACCGACUGAUUCGGGCUCCGGCACAUCUCUCGUUUGCAGAAAUGGCCGCCUUGCCUGCCGCAGCCGGCACUGCAGUCAACGCCCUUUUCUACGGACCCGAGCCCUUUCGCCCGGGCAUGAUGGUCAUGACUCAAGGGACGGGUGGAGUCAGCGCGUGUGCGAUCCAGAUUGCCGCCGCCGCCGGAGCCACAGUGGUCGCCACGUCUUCAUCCGACGAGAAGCUGAAGACGGCCAAGGCCCUGGGCGCCACGCAUCUGAUCAACUACACCAAGCACCCCGUGUGGUCAGAAGAGGUUCUCCGUGUGACCGACGGCAAGGGCGUCGACCACGUUCUAGAUGUGGCCGGUGCCGGGACAAUUGAGCAAUCCCUCCUGUCGGUCAAACACGGUGGACUCGUAUCCGUCAUUGGGUUCUUGUCCGACAGUAAGCCUACCGACAUCAUCCCUCCGUUGCUGUUCGGGGCAAAGACCAUGCGUGCCAUCUUCCAGGUUCGGAACGACAUGGCGCAGAAGAUGGCCGAGCUUUACGAAGAGCACCAGCUCCGGCCACCCGUGGCGGCGGUGUACAAGUGGGAGGAGGCCAAGGAAGCAUUCAAGGCUCUCCAUGUCCAGUCGGCAAUUGGGAAGAUUGUCGUAGAGGUCGGCUCGUCAUAG